UUAGUUUGGUGCAAUGCCUGAACCAGCUAAAUCAGCUCCGGCCCCCAAAAAGGGCUCCAAAAAGGCGGUGACCAAGGCGCAGAAGAAGGACGGCAAGAAGCGCAAGCGCAGCCGCAAGGAGAGCUACUCGGUGUACGUGUACAAGGUGCUGAAGCAGGUGCACCCUGACACGGGCAUCUCGUCCAAGGCCAUGGGCAUCAUGAACUCGUUCGUCAACGACAUCUUCGAGCGCAUCGCGGGCGAGGCGUCCCGCCUGGCGCAUUACAACAAGCGCUCGACCAUCACGUCGCGGGAGAUCCAGACGGCCGUGCGCCUGCUGCUGCCCGGGGAGCUGGCCAAGCACGCCGUGUCCGAGGGCACCAAGGCCGUCACCAAGUACACCAGCUCCAAAUAAACUUAACAUUUGCAACAGCACCCGCGACAUCAGGCUCUUUUAAGAGCCACCCA